AAAAAUUGUAAAUUGUAAGUUAUUUGUUUGUGUUUCAGUUCAGGGACUAACCCGAAUAUAAUGCCACAUAGGCCACUAAAACCGCACACUAACACACGCACAAAUACACAUAAAUAUACAUUUCAAUCUUAAUAUGUACUCGAAAACACAACAUUUGGCACUUUUUUGCCCCUUUAUAAUGACCAGGGAUACGGUCAGGCGGCAAUCGACGGAUGAACAAUAUAAUGACAGACCUGGUGUCUGGCGCCACAAUGCUAGGAAUUGCCUGAUCGUUGCCUUCUAUUGUGAGCGUGAGGUCCAGGCGGAAGUUAAGAUAUUCAAUCUGUUAAUGCGCAGUGCUAGGAAAACUGCAAGCAUUGACUUUGAGAAGAAUGGGCCGAGAGACCCUACAGAUGCUGCGGUUAUAUUUGGAGAUUGUGAUUGCGAAAAGAUGCUUUGCGACGGGGGUUCAUGCAAAUGCGGCUGGGAUAAGUCACGCAUCGACUGGCUGUGGGAAUUGGAGCAGCGGCAACAGUCCUGGCUGAAUGAGAGCCAGAGGUCCAUACCUCCAACAGCUCAAAGAGUGAAAAGUCGGGUAAAAGAGCCUCAAAAGAAUAUGGGCUGCUGGAAAUGGCUGCGUUUUAAUUGUGGCUGUGCCUCAGAUACCGAGAGCUUUGAUUUACCCUAUCGCAGUAGCACUUGUUUAUGAGUUGUUUUGAUAUCAUUUUGUGUAAUUUUCCACCAAAAUAAAAAC